GUCAGAUGCGAUUUCGGAGUAACAAGUGGAUUUGACGUUGAUAGGUUUUCUCACCCUUCGCGCUUGGAAAACACUCUUGCUCACCGUGCUGGACACAGACCAUGGACUCAGAUACGAGCCGCGUGUCGAGCAGACCCUCAUCUCCGGAGGUGGACGACAUCUUCCUCGCCACCCUCAAGAAGUCGGUGCACGGCUUCUCCAGCGCCGUGUCCUCCACGCAGAGCGACCAUCUAUCAGAGCUCGCCAGCCUGCACGGCCUGCACGGCCUCUCCGAGGAAGACGAGGAGUCCCUCGCCCUCCGGCUGUCCAAGAAGGACCACAAGCUGCUGUCGGAGAACGAGCUGCAGACCAUUCGCCUCAAGAUCAACAGCCGCGAGAGGAAGAGGAUGCACGACCUCAACGUGGCCAUGGACGGGCUCCGGGAGGUCAUGCCCUACGCGCACGGACCGUCGGUGCGCAAGCUCUCCAAAAUCGCCACCCUGCUGCUGGCUAGAAACUACAUCCUGAUGCUGAGCAACUCGCUGGAGGAGAUGAAGCGGCUGGUGAGCGAGAUCUACGGCAGCGGCGGUCACCACGGCGGCUUCCACCCGGCGGCCUGCGGGACUAUGACACACGCGGGACCCGUGCCGGGACACCCGGUGGUUUCCCACGCCUCGCACCCGGUGGUGCACCACCCGCUCCUUCCCCCGGCCGUCUCCUCCGCGUCCCUGUCCGCGCCCGGCAUCUCCGCCGUGACCUCGGUCAGAGCCCACCACGGACUCCUCAAAGCGCCCGGAGCCGGCGCGGGGCCGCUGGGCAGCAGUUUCCAGCACUGGGGCGUUGGCACCGGGAUGCCCUGCCCGUGCAGCAUGUGCCAAGUCCCGCCUCCGCAUGUGACCAGCAUGCCGGUCCCCAUGCCGAGGCUGGCCAGCGACCCCAAGUGA